GUGACCACACUCAGACCCAGCAACAUGGAGGCUAACGCCGUCCGUUUCAUCUACAGCAGGAGGUGUAAAGAGAUCCGUGCCCAGCUGGUGGAGCAGUUGAAGUGUCUGGACCAGCAGUGUGAGCUGAGAGUGCAGCUGCUGCAGGACCUGCAGGACUUCUUCAGGAAGAAGGCGGAGGUCGAGAUGGACUACAGUCGUAACCUGGAGAAACUGUCUGAGAGGUUCCUUACGAAGACACGUAGCACCAAGGACCACCAGCUCAAGAAGGAGCAGAGUGUACUGUCACCAGUUAACUGUUGGAACCUGUUGUUGAGUCAGGUGAAGAGGGAGAGCCGAGACCACGCUACCCUGUCUGACCUCUACCUCAAUAACAUCAUACCGCGCUUCGCCCAGGUUAGCGAGGACUCCGGACGACUCUUCAAAAAGAGUAAGGAGGUUGGUGUCCAGCUUCAGGAGGAUCUGAUGAAGGUUCUGAACGAGCUCUACGCGGUGAUGAAGACAUACCACAUGUACAACACAGACAGUAUCAACUCUGAGAACAAACUGAAGGAUGCAGAGAAACAGGAGGAGAAGCAGAUGGGGCGCUCUGGUCGCCAGGACGACAGACAGACUCCCAGGUCACCUGACACACUGGCCAGCAUCAAGACGGAGGAGAAAAAUGUCCGACGCUCCUCAGUCAAGAAGAUAGAGAAGAUGAAGGAGAAGAGGCAGGCUAAGUACACAGAGAACAAGCUGAAAGCAAUCAAGGCAAGGAAUGAAUACCUGCUGGCUCUGGAGGCUACGAACAGCUGUGUCUUCAAAUACUACAUCCACGACUUGUCUGAUAUCAUCGACUGCUGUGACCUGGGCUACCAUGCCAGUCUCCACCGUGCGUUGCGGACCUACCUGUCAGCCGAGAUGAACGUGGAGGCGUCUAAACACAGCGGUCUGGAGGGCCUGGAGGGGGCAGCAGAGAGCCUGGAGCCCAACGGGGACAAGCAGAGACUGAUGGAAACCUACAACAACGUCUUCUGUCCCCCCAUGCGCUUCGACUUCCAGUCACACAUGGGAGACACGAUGGGGUUAGUUUGUGCCCAGCAGCCGUUAGAAGGGGAGUUACUCCAGAGGUGUCAGCAGCUGCAGUCCCGUCUCUCCACCCUCAAGAUUGAGAAUGAGGAGGUGAAGAAGACUAUGGAGGCCACUCUGUCGACCAUCCAGGACAUGGUCACCGUGGAGGACUAUGAGGUCAGCGAGUGUUUCCACCACAGCAACUCCAUGGAGUCGGUCAAGUCCACCAUGAGCCAAUCAUUCCUCAGCAAACCCAGCCUGGCCAAGAGACGGGCCAAUCAACAGGAAACGGAGCAGUUCUACUUCACUAAACUGAAGGAGUUUCUGGAGGGCCGGAACUUGAUCACCAAACUGGAGGCCAAACAUGACUUGAUCCAGAAGACCCUGGGAGAGAGUCAGAAGACUGACUGUUGCCUUGCCAGUGACAGGAGGAACUCUGCACUACGGAAUCAGCAGGCUGGCCAUGUCAUCCCUCUGAUGGUGGAGAGCUGUAUCCACUUCAUCAGUCGCCAUGGUCUGCACCAUGAGGGCAUCUUCAGAGUGUCUGGCUCUCAGGUGGAGGUCAAUGACAUCAGGAACGCCUUUGAGAGAGGUGAGGACCCAUUGGCAGGAGAUCAGAAUGAUCAUGACAUGGACUCCAUCGCUGGUGUUCUAAAGCUCUACUUCAGAGGACUGGACCACGCCCUCUUCCCCAAGGAAGUCUUCCAUGACAUCAUAUCCUGUGUCUCAAUGGAGAACUUGCAGGAGAGGGCUGUCCACAUCAGGAAGGUUCUGCUGACUCUGCCCAGCAACACUCUCAUCAUCAUGAGAUACCUGUUCGCCUUCCUCAACCACCUGUCCCAGUACAGUGAGGACAACAUGAUGGAUCCCUAUAACCUGGCCAUCUGUUUUGGUCCCACUCUGAUGUCAGUCCCAGAGAGCUGUGACCAGGUGUCCUGCCAGGCCCACGUUAACGAGCUCAUCAAGACCAUCAUCAUCCUCCAUGAUGGGGUUUUCCCUGGACCAGGGGACCUGCAGGGGCCCGUCUACACCUGCCCAGGGGCCACCGACGAGUACUGUGAGCCCCCCCUAGUGGAAGAACCUGCUCCUGACACCAUCUCUGUCAUCCACAACAGCGAUGAUGGCUUGUUGGUCGUUUCAGAAUCUGACCCAAUAGUGGCCAUUGCUCGCUUCGACUACUCUGGACGGACCAACCGGGAGCUGUCGUUCAAUAAGGGCGCGUCUCUCCUCCUUUUCCAGCGAGUCAGUGAUGACUGGUGGGAGGGCCAACACAACGGAGUGGACGGACUCGUGCCUCACCAGUACAUAGUGGUUCAGGACAUGCAGGACGGGGGCAGAGGUAGUCCUAAGACUGAGGCGGAGUUGCAGGAGGAGAGAGUGUCCACUAGGGGCAUCGCUGCCUCUCCCACUGGAGCUCAUGUGGCUGACGUCUACCUGGCCAACCUCAACAAGAUGAGGAAGAAGCCGGAGUUGGGGAGUAUCCGUAGAACCUUCCGGGUGUCUGAGGGAGGACAGGGGGGUGACGUACCCCCAACGGGGGCGACUGGUGGGGGUGUGAGGACGGCCAGUCUGCCUGUGGGAGGGGCUCUAGUGAAAGAGGGCGGGGACAAACGACCAGUCAGCGCCCAUAGUGUCCUCAACUCCUCCAUUACACGCCACUCCUCUCUCAAGACCAAGGUGGAAAGCCCUCAGUUCCGCAAAGCGACCACAGCCGGACGCUCUAAGAGCUUCAGCAACCACAGACCUCUGGACCCUGAGGUCAUCACUCAGCUGGAGCCCACCUCACAGGAUAUCGAAGCGGCUAUGAGCUCUGCUCUGAGAGAGCUGGAGAGGCAAAGCAGCAUCCAGCACACACACACCCCCGAUGUGGUGCUGGACACUCUGGAGCAGCUGAAGGGUGUGUGUGGUGGGGGAGGAGGGGGCGCAUCAGAGCCCUCCAGUCCCCUCCACUCCCGUCUGCUGAGGGACAGCGACGGCGCAGGAUCUCCACACUCACACCCUCUCCAACGCAGCGCCUCGUCCGCUAGCGACGUCCCCUCCUCCUUCCGCCCUUCCUAUCCCAGGAGCCCCCUGCCCUCCUCUCUCGCCUCCUCAGCCCUCUCUUUCUCCACUCCCUCCUUCCGAGAGCCUCGUCCUCCAGCCACGCGGCCCAAGCCGGUGGUCUUCCCCAAGGGAGGAGGAAGCAGCAGUCCGGCUAUGGGGUCCCCAACCUCCACUGUCCCCCCUCCUCCCCCACCCCCACCCCAGCCCAACGACAAGUCCUGCCCCGCCUGAGUAGUGACAUCACACAUGCUCCCCUUCCAUACACAAACCACUGCCCCAUCUCCCCUCACCCAAUGACAAGUGGGAUAGCUCUCACCAAGGAUCAGCUUACCCUCCCAAACUAAGCAUUAUGGGAGUUAGACUGUAUAAAGCCUCCAUGACUCAAACAAGGGAUCAAAACGAACAUACAGCAUGACAAUAAAGAGACAUGGAACCUGUGCUGUAUAUACUGGUGUGAGGUGUGUGUGUGAGAGCGUGUGUGUGUGCCUGUGUGAGGUGUGUGUGUGAGCGUGACUGUGUGAGUGUGCCUGUGUGUGUGUGAGCGUGCCCGUGUGAGUCGUGUGUUUGUGAGCGUGCCUGUGUGAGGUGUGUGUGAGCGUGCCUGUGUGAGGUGUGUGAGUGUGAGUGUGCCUGUGUGAGGCGUGUGUGUGUCAGCGUGCCUGUGUGAGGUGUGUGUGAGCGUGCCUGUGUGAGGUGUGUGUGAGCGUGCCUGUGUGAGGUGAGUGUGUGUGUGUGAGUGUGCCUGUGUGAGGUGAGUGUGUGUGUGUGAGUGUGCCUGUGUGAAGUGCGUGUGAGCCAUCCUGGACAGAAAGAGACAGAGAUGGACAGACAGAUGGAUGGAUGAAGAGAGCAGUGGAAUGCCUCUUUCUACGUGAAGAGAAGAGGACCAGGCUAUGUCUCUGAUCCUCCUGUGUGUAGGCAAGCUGAGUGUUGUGGUGACUCGUUCUAACAACAACGCUCACCUGUAUAGCUGCUAUACACCACGCUCUUUUCUACUGUAUUCCACUAGACUCUACUAUACUAUUCAUCAGGGUUAUUCAAUUAGCACCCCUCAGGGGCCAAAGGAAUGCUGCUUUACUUUUCUAAGUGGAAGUUGUAAUGUAAUUGAUUGGCCAGAGAGCCCAAUCACCAAUGUCCCAGGUGUGUAUUGAUGGGGCCCUGCAGGACAAUAGUUAAAAGUCCUUUUCUACAUUCUGUAUUUACCCACAUAAUGCAACGCUUGUCUAGCUUUCCAACAGCACCUCCUGCUGGUGUUUAUGUGCACGACAUGGCUGUUCUCAAUAAUCAACCUUUCUUUAGCAAUAAGAGUCUGACAGACUCAUCAGCUUAGCAGCAUGCCAGGCCUGCUGCUUCUCUCUCCCUUAGAUUCCCAGCAUUAAUAUACGCUCUGUUACAGAAGUGGAAUAGACACACACAUACACAUGUGUGUGACGUGUGUGACGUGUGUGUGUGUGUGUUCUGUGGCAGCUAAAUGCCUUUCAGGUUCUCCUCGCAUGCUGGGGCCACAGCAGUCGCAGUGCUGACUGACUGCAUCUAUUUUCAAGACUACCAAACGCGCCUCUUACACCAGCUUCACACAUUAUUACUCCAGACAAAAUCAGCAAAAAGGGUAUUUUUACAUGUAUAGUUUAUUAACCAUGGUGAUAACUGGACAUGUGCAGAUGAGGAAUCUCAGUGAGGUGGAAGAGUUUGUUUAGAUACAAGCACAAACAAACCUCGUCAAGCGCAUUCAUAAACAUUACUUUAUGCUUAUUUUCUUCCACUUGUUAGUUUAUCCUCAGAAUAUGUAAUACUAAACUGUGUAGCCGUCUACGUGUGUGUGUGUGGUGUGUGUGUGUGUGUGUGCGUCAGUGACCCUUCACAGCUCUCAGAAGUCAGCGUUAACCACUCAUCAUUAAGGGAACCAACUAAUGCCUGCUCUUUGGAGACAUGGGGACCAACAGGAUGGGACACAAAGACAGCAGAACCUGUGUCGCCAGAGCCACUCUGAUACCAGUAUCACUGAUCACUAGGCUUAAUGUUUGUGUGACUGACUAGUUCUCAGUCCCAGCCGCUAAAGUCAGAGGACAACAGGAAAAGUGUCACACUGUCUCCUCUGUCGCUCCUCUUCCAAUAGCAUUGAUGUGUAUCAUGGCAGACCAGCAUCCAAUAACUGAUUGGAUUGAUAUAAUCCAAUGAAAUGAUAUACAGGAACAGCCCUGAGGUCUGUUCUGUUGUGCUCGUCUUUAAGAGAACUUCUGCUGUGACUCCCUAACUGUCUGUUGCAUCAUGUGGUCAAUCUCCAACCGGUCCUGUCCUGUCUGUCACUGUGGUAGCAUUUUCUGAAGUCUGAACUGUGAUUCGUCAAGGGGAGGAGACAGAAUGUUUUGAUUGGUCAAGGUUAGUGGGAGGCGGCAGGAUGCUUUAGUUAUUGACAGCUUUAACACUGUCUGAGACCAGGAUAUUUAAUGUCAGUGCUUCGAGAUCCCUGAGGCUAGAAAAGCAGCGGACACCUCUCCCUAUCACCCUGCUCUCUCUGUACAUUUCUCUUCCUAGCAUUCUGCCUCUCUUCCCACAGACACACUAAUAUCCCUCUGUGUGGUUCCUUCCUUAUUCCUUCCUCCCCGCCAUGCAGGUAUAUACUUGUAUUAUUACAUUCCCAAAUGAUCUGUAACAGGGGAUUUCAUUCUAAGUGUAAUGUUUUAUCUGUGUGUGUGUGUUAAGAUGUAUUUUACUUUGUGUUGCUCCCCACCUCAUCUUGGCAACUGGAGGGAUUGUGUGUGUGUGUGGGGUGGGGUGAAUAGGCAUUAACACACAUGACAUAUGAACAUACACUCAUGGGUGAUGCUUUGUGGUUGGUGUCUGUGUUAUCCUGGCUUUGUUGUAUAGGAGCUAGGAGCCUCAGUCUCCACACCAUAUUAUCAGUUGAGCUCAAAUCAAUCAUCAUGCACUUAAAAUGACAUGGUGUGCUCCAGGACUGAUUGAGUGAGGAUGAUUUUAUUAUGAUUAACUAUUGUUAAAUAUGCAUUUCUUAUCUAUUUUAAAACACAAGAUCUAAAAAACGACUGUAUUGUCAAAUAUAUGUAUAGUUGCCUCUGUAUUAUGGAGAAACCUGUGUUGAGAUGUACUUUGUAUAUACAAUGUUGUACAUUACAGAGGUACACUCUUUUUCUGGUACAAUAUUGUACAGUAAUAGCAAUAGUAGUUUAAUCAAAUAGUCCUUAUAUAAUUCUAUGUGUAGUUCUUGUAGUAGACUUUUUUUAAAUAAACAUUGCUUGCUAUAAA